AAAUUAUCCCUCAGAUUUGAGGUCAAAUUUCAGCUGAGGAGACGCAGGAGCAUGGAGGACGGCUGCUGCGCUCCCACAAGGACCGUCAGAGGCAGGACGCGGCUGCAGGUCAAAGGUCGUCCCACCUGAACAGGAAGUGGUCGUCAUGGUGGGCGCGGUGAGCUCCGUCAAAGCCCUGUGGGAGACGAGGAUCAGGAAGGUCCAGGAGGACGAAGACGAGCAGAGGAGGAAGAGGACCAGGGGCGGGGCCACCGGCAGACUGGGUGUCGGGGUCUGGGAGGACCGGGCGGUUCUGGCCCGGCUGAGGCAGAAGCUGCAGACAGAAGACGGACGGCUCGUCCUCCGAAUCGAGCAGGAGGAGUGGAAGGUAACGUCCCCCCGAGGUGGACUUGAUGUCGCGGUUGUAUCUCCAUGUUCUUUCUCUGUCUCCCCCGUCCUCCAGACGUUGCCGGACUGUCUGGUCCAGCUCAGUCAGGUCCACGAGUGGCAAAUUCACCGGACCGGCCUGCAGAAAAUCCCUCACUGCAUCGCCAGCUUCCAGAACCUUCUAGUUCUCGAUCUGUCCCGCAACGGGGUCACGGAGAUCCCCAAAGAGAUCGGGAAGCUGCCUCAGCUCCGAGAGCUCCUGCUCAGCUGCAACAGAAUCCAGUCUGUUCCCGAGGAGCUGAGCUGCUGUGAGGGCCUGGAGAGACUGGAGCUGGCCAUGAACCGGGACCUGGACCAGCUCCCAGACCAGUUGAGGAACCUGAAGAAGCUGCAGCACCUGGACCUGUCCAUGAACGACUUCCCCGCCAUGCCGGACUGCGUCCUCGCACUGCCGGCGCUGCAGUGGCUCGACAUGGGAGGGAACGGGCUGCGGCGGUUACCUGAAGACAUAGACAGGAUGGAGACGCUGCAGACUCUGUGGCUGCAGAGGAACCGGCUGGAGAAACUCCCGGAUAACAUCAGCAGGAUGAAGAGCCUCGACACGCUGGUCCUCAGCUGCAACCUGCUCACGGACAUCCCCCCCCUGAUGGAGGACAUGUCCAACCUCAGGUUCGUGAACUUCCGGGACAACCCUCUGUCUCUGGACGUGACGCUGGCCUGCAGGAAGACCGGGGACGAGGACGAGGAGGCGGGGGAGGAGGACAGGGAGAUGUUUGGACGGGAGUUCAUGCAGACGUACAUCCGGGAGGCCAGAAAGAGAGCCGCCGCCGUGCUGCGCGUGCACCGCGUCCCCCGUCAGUUGUCCCCCGAAUCCAAAGAAUCUUUGAACUAGGUUCGCUUUGUUUGUCUCUUAUUGUUUGUUUGAUAAUUAAAAAGACAAGUGUUGAAAGUCAA